AGGAAACAUUUACCAACGGAACGUAGUGCUGCCACGUUACACAAUGAAGUUUUCAUGCAUUCAGUUCUUUUUAGUAAUUGUAUCGAGCGAAGUCAUCAGCGAGAAUAAACGUCUUCUACUUCAUGAUCCAGUAUCCAUUGCAGAAGCCAUACAUCAACUUCGAACUGAGAUUGGGGAGCUAAAUACAACUAUUGCUCAACUGAAGGCUUCCCAUGCGAAAGAUAUCACUCAACUGAAGGCUUCCCAAGCCAAAGAUAUCGCUCAUAUGAAGGGUAAACAUGAUCAGGAGGUGGGUCAAUUAGAUGCUAUAUAUUCCCAAAAAGUUGCCAACUUGAAGGCUACACAGUCUCAGGACGUUGCUCAGUUGAAUGCCACACAUUAUAAGGAUGUUGCUCAGCUGAAUGUCACACAUUAUCAGGAUGUUGCUCAAUUGAAGGCUGAACAUGCAAAAUAAGGAGCAGAUCUUAAAGCUGGUUUGAAUGCUGAGAAACUUGAAAGAUGUA